CACCAUGCUCCUCUUUGGCGGCUUAAAGAUCACCACAGCCUUCCAGGCUUUCGCCUGCAUGGCGAGCCUCUUCUUCCUCGUCACCGUCACGAUGACGACAAUUGCAUCCGCCAGUCCCGUCACCGAAGGCGAUGUCUCCCUGGUGGACAAGGACGUCACCGACACCAAGCCUGAGAGCAUGGACAUCUUGCCCAUCGGCAACAAUCAUCGCUGGGGGUCGGGUGACCCUUGGGUGAGCAUCGGGUCCGUCAAGGCCGGGAGCUCCGUCGCUGCAGGUGGCGACGGACAUGGUGGCAAAAGGGGGCACCUCGGUAGGAAGGCGACCGUCAGGAGGUUGAAAGUGAAUGAGGAAGUCAACCAGGAUCAAAGCUGAGACUGCUAAGAGAUCGAAGGUCCGACGGACAUCCAAGCGCGGACGCGAAUACACGCUGCGAGCCAAAUGUACACGGCUCGCAGAUGCUGCUCUGGUCCCCCUACCCUUUCGUGUUACCACGCUUAUCAAACGUGUAACACUCUUUUGUACACCUACGGCGCUCCCUUCUCCACCCUACUUCCCACAAACACGCGCCUCAACCCCACUCCACUACUACUUCUCCCACCUCAGCAACGCCCCCAGGCUGUUCUGGUGGGCUCUAUACCUACCCUGCGACCCUGCGCGCUUUUCCCAUGCCCCUCAUGAUCGCCAUAGCGUAAGAUGUCACGAGAUAAUACAAGCGAAUAACGACAUUAAUCCUGUCCCAUG